GUUAUCACUCUUCAAACUCACUCUCUCUCUCUCUCAAACUCAGCUACCUUACUCUCCUUCUCAGCUUUCUCUCUCUCUCUCUCUCUAAGAAACCGCCAUCUCUGGCCGCGGUUUCUAAGCACGACGUCGUUUUGGUGUCAACCAUAAAGAGCAAUCACAACUCGCGGUUUGUUUGUUAUUUUUUUUUUCCGGUAACCGGAAAACGCAACUCAUUCUCUGUGAAAGUCUCCGAUGCGCCGCCGAAUUCGGUGACCUAUUAUGGGUUGCGUUUUCAGCUCACCGUCGACGAGCGAGUCGCGCCGCAAGAAGCCGUCGUCCUCCUCCGAUAACAACGGUCGCCGGAGACGGCGCCGGACCGCCGAGGAGCGUGCCGCGACGGACGUCGGGGUUAGGAAUGGGGCGGCCGAGAAAGAGAGGCGGAAUGUUAACAUCAGGUUGAGUCACUCCGCCGGAGCUGACUUUCCGGCGAGUUCUACACCGGCGGCGGGGAUUGAUCGCCGGAAGCCGAGAGUCGAGCCUUGCAUGCUUAGGAACCAGCAGGGAUGGCCGGCGUGGCUCGUGGAGGUCGCCGGCGACGUCAUCAAAGACUGGACUCCUCGCCGGGCCAACACAUUUGAGAAGCUCUCUAAGAUUGGGCAAGGGACUUAUAGCAAUGUAUAUAAAGCUAAAGAUCUAAUAAGUGGGAAAAUAGUGGCUUUGAAAAAAGUUAGAUUCGAUAAUUUAGAGCCAGAGAGUGUUAAAUUCAUGGCCAGAGAGAUUCUAGUUCUGCGAAAACUUGACCACCCCAAUGUGGUUAAGCUUGAAGGCUUGGUCACUUCAAGAAUGUCUUGUAGUCUUUACUUGGUUUUCGAAUACAUGGAGCAUGAUCUCGCCGGCCUCGUCGCGUGCCAAGGCCUCAAAUUCACUGAAUCCCAGGUCAAGUGCUACAUGAAGCAAUUACUGUCUGGACUUGAGCAUUGCCACAGCCGUGGUGUCUUACACCGUGAUAUCAAGGGUUCCAAUCUUCUCAUUGACAAUGAAGGAGUUUUGAAAAUAGCUGAUUUUGGACUGGCGACUUUCUAUGAUCCAGGGAAGAAGCAACCUAUGACUAGUCGAGUUGUCACACUCUGGUACCGGCCCCCUGAACUACUUCUUGGGGCUGUGAUCUAUGGUGUUGGUGUGGACCUCUGGAGUGCUGGCUGCAUCUUGGCAGAGUUACUUUCUGGGAAGCCAAUUAUGCCAGGGCGAACAGAGGUUGAACAGCUGCAUAAAAUAUUUAAAUUAUGUGGUUCCCCAUCAGAGGAAUAUUGGAAGAAAUAUAAAUUGCCAAAUGCAACACUUUUUAAGCCACAGCAGCCUUACAAACGUUGCUUAGCAGAAACCUUCAAGGAUUUCCCACCUUCUUCUCUACCUUUAGUUGAAUCUCUUCUCUCGAUAGAUCCCGAUGGGCGACACUCUGCCACCGAUGCUCUAAACAGUGAAUUCUUUGCCUCUGAACCUUUUGCUUGUGAGCCAUCAAGUUUACCAAAGUAUCCACCAAGCAAAGAAAUGGACGUCAAGUUAAGAGAUGAAGAAGCGAGAAGGCAAAGAGGUCUAAGUGGAAAAUCUAAUGCUGUUGAUGGUGGUAGAAGAGUUAGAGCUCGUGACCGUGUUGGUCGGGCAGUUCCGGCUCCAGAAGCCAAUGCAGAGAUUCAAGCAAACUUAGAUAGGUGGAGAAUUGUGACACAGGCAAAUGCCAAGAGCAAGAGUGAAAAAUUCCCGCCUCCCCAUCAAGAUGGAGCAGUUGGAUACCCACUAGAUACAUCACAUAAAGGCCCGGUAUCAUUUGGGGCACCUGAUUCUUCUUUUGGCUCAUCAAUAUUCAAUUCGAAGUCAUCAGGAUUGGUUAAAAGUACUGGGGUUACGGGAGGGCCUUCUAGAAGGAAGAGAACGAAUAAAGAAGACCCUCACAUAGCUUCAUCUCGGAAGUUUAUCCGUGGUUUCAAGCCAUCCUCAAUAGGGCUCUCAAUGGAUCUACUAUUCAGGGCUAAAUAAUCCAUUCUAAGGUUUUUGGAAGCUGAAAGUAGAGGUAAAGUAUCAUAGGAUAAUAUCAAUUUUUGCAAUUAGGUUUUCUGUCAAGCUUAGCUUGGUUUUGCAAUAUGCUUCCCCUCAUUGUUUCCAUUUUUUGCACUUCAAUCAUUAUAAGCGUUUGGUGUAUAAUCCGCAGAACAGCAACCUGAAAACUUGUAUAUUCAGAGGAAAAGAAAAGAAGAAGUGGAAUCCCACUUCUGUUGUACA